UUUUUGAUUACUUACAAACGUUGUGAAGAUUCUAAAUGUUUGGCAAACUAUAUUAUAAACAGAUUGAACUGGUGACAGUGGUGUAGACACAUUUUACACUUUUGAGAAGUGACAACUGUAAAAAUAAAACCAAACCAUGGCAACACGCAGAGCUUUACAUUUUGUAUUUAAAGUUGGAAACAGGACAAAAACUGCAGAGUUUUAUAGGGAUAUUCUGGGCAUGAAAUUUCUACGACAUGAAGAAUUUGAAAAGGGAUGUGAAGCUGCAUGCAAUGGGCCAUAUGAUGGUAAAUGGAGUAAAUCUAUGGUGGGAUAUGGACCAGAGGAUUCACAUUUUGUUGUAGAAUUGACAUACAACUAUGGCAUUGGUGCUUAUAAAUUAGGGAAUGAUUUUAGGGGUAUAACCAUUCAUUCCAAAGACAUUAUAAGAAAUGCCAACAAAUUAAACUACCCUGUAGUAACAGAUGGAGAGUCACAGAUUCUGACCUCUCCUGAUGGGUAUAAAUUUAUUGUCAUGGAGAAAGAAACAGAAGGAGACCCAGUUAAAAAGGUUACCCUGUCAUCAUCAGACUUAGACAAAUCUGUUGAUUAUUGGACAAGAUUAUGUGGUAUGAAGGUUUAUUCACAAGACAAUAAGACAGCUGUGUUAGGGUAUGAUGAUAAUCAGUGCAAGUUGGAAUUGUAUGAAAUAGGAACAGAUGUGGACCAUGCUUCAGCUUUUGGAAGAAUUGCAUUUGCUUGUCCAGGAAUAGAGUUGCCUGAUAUCCAGAGUAAAAUGAAGGAAGAAAACCAGACCAUUCUAACAGAUCUAAUCAGUUUAGACACUCCAGGGAAGGCCACAGUACAAGUUGUCAUCGUAGCUGAUCCUGAUGGACAUGAGAUCUGUUUUGUUGGAGAUGAAGGAUUUAGAGAUUUAUCACAAGUAGAUCCUAAAGCUGAUGAACUUCUUAAUAAGGCAAUGGCAGAAGACAAGAGUGAUGAAUGGUACGAGAAAAAAGGAAAAACAAAAGCAACAGCAUAAUAAAUCGAUGGAUGGUGUAAUUUAUUUAAGAAUUUUUAUCAUAAAAUAUUUGUAACAAUUUUAAAAUCACAUGCUAUGUGUAAUGUUGCCUUAACUAAAUUCAGUUGUUUGUUUUUGAAUUUAUAAAUGAUUAUUAGAACUUUUAGAAACUGCUUGGAUGAUAAAUCUAGUACACUUUAUUAUAUUCAGAGUUAGUUAGUCUCUACAUUUAUAUGGUUUUUUUUAAGAAAAAUUAACUGGUAGAUUUUGACAACUUUGAAACUUUGUAGUUUUUUUUAGAUCAAGAACAAAAAAGGGGUUGUCCCACCAAAUACCUUAUGAUAUUGAUGAGAUUUAUUAUUGUGAUGAUAAAAAAUACUAUUUUAGACAUUAUCAUGUGUGGGGUAAAUAAAGGCGCCAGUAGUAUACCACUGUUUGUAACCCUGAUGGUUAUAAAAAAAAUAUUUAGAAGGCAUUGUAAAAUUUAUUAAUAAUAUUUUCAUAAAAGUUCAAAUUUCUGUGAUAAUUGUUUUAAAUGUAUAUUGAGGCUUGAAGGUGCUAAUUAAUUUUGUGUCAUAGUGGGAACUGAUCUUUACUCAUCUGCAAUCAAUGUAGAGUCUCAAAUUUUUUUUACUAUCUGUGUAAGUGCAAUAUGGUUUAUUUCACAUAUAAAAAAGUUCCCUCAGUCUGUUGUUUUGUUUUCAUGAUUUCUUGUCACUUAUUCAAUUUUAAUGACAAAACGGGAAGGAUACAUUCGAGAUUUUAUUUAAUUCACCAAAUUAGCAAAAAUAUUCCCGGACAUUUGUUUUUUGGAGAUUUGUUUAUGCAUGACAUGUUCAGCAGCAGAAUUUCUAGAUUGUGGAUUCUUUAAUUUAACAGUCAGAUUCAUACUUUAAAGGUAUACUGUAAUAUAUUCAUAUUAUAACUUACACUGAUUCUGAACUUUGAUAAUGAAAGCUAAGUGAUUUAUACUUAUGCAAAUGUACACUUGUGUAAUAAGGUGCUAAUGAGAUAUAUUUUGGAAAGGGCAUUUGAUCAAUUUUUAUAUUUCUACUAAUUUAUGUGAAUUUUUUGCCAAAGAUGUGUUGUAAAUUUUGUUUCUUACAUUGUAAUAUUUUAGCAAUCACAUGUUCUGUUGGGUAGUUAGCCACAUUUGAAUAGUUUAAUAAUAUUGCUUUUUCACUGAAUAAGUAUAUAAUGGAUACUGUAAAUUCAGAAAAUAUUGCAAGGUUUUUAUUAAUGUGAAUCAUGUGACAUGGUGAAUAUUAUCAUACUAACAACUGUCUUUCUGGUAUCUUAUACAAUGAUCUGUAUGCAGUUUUUCUGUAAUGGCAAUAAGUAUAGAUUAUUACAUGGCAUUUUUUAUAUCAGACCCUUGAUCGGCCCUUUGUCAUGAAAUCAGCACAAGAGCUGCAACCGCAUAAUACUCUACUGUGCUGAGAAUUGAAAUUAUCAGUCAGUAAGUUCAAAGAUAAAUUUUGUAAAAUAGCGAUAAUUAAUCUUACAUUUGUUUCCAUUCCUUAAAAAUUGAAAUGAAAGAUGAAACCAGUCACAAUAAUUUCUGAAUAUACAGCACCAUGUUAUAUUUAUUGUUAAGAGUAAGUAAAACUUUGACAAAGAUGUUAAAAUUAAAAUCACAAAAAUACUGAACUCCAAGGAAAAUUCAAUCGGAAAGUCCAUAAUCAAAUGGCAAAAUCAAAUGAUAAAACACAUCAACCGAAUGGACAACAACUGUCAUAUUCCUGACUUGCUACAGGCAUUUUCAAAUUUAGAAAAUGGUGGAUUGAACCUGGUUUUGUAGCUCUAAACCUUUCACUUGUAUGAGAGAGACAUACUGUACUGGUCAUUUAAAAUCAUUGCACUGUAACAUAAGUUAAGACAUCUUGUUGACCUUUUUGUAUGCAAUCAUUUUACCAUAAUUGUUCUAUCUCACUCACAUGUGUGGCCUUCAAAUUUCAUUAAACGUUUUGUUUUUGUCAAUUGGACAAAUGUAUAAAGGCCAGAUACUGACCAAACAGUUCUUGUUGAGUAGAGUAUCAUUUCAGUUAUAUAGUAUGAAUCAUUGGUUGGACAAAUGUGUAAAUUAGUAUGGCGUUCAUUAUCACUGAACUAGUAUAUAUUUGUUUAAGGGCCAGCUAGAGGAGGCCUCCGGGUGUGGG